AUGACCGCAGAUGACGAAGAUUCUAAUGGAUCUGUUCAAGACCUCGCCAACGGCAAGAUCGAGGGUUACAGGCAUCUCCUCGCAUCCGCAGAGCACACGCCCAAUGGCAGUGUUCACUCUCCGACCGGCUCAGUCAACAAUGACACUCGACCUCCUUCGCUGAGGCAGUCCUCUCUCUCCUAUCCUCGCCCCGAUGGCACCCCCCGAACGACGAACCGAGUGCGGUUCGAUAUCGAGCCCGCCACUAUCCAAGCUCCAGAAGACUGGGUCGACGACGAGGAUUACCUUACUUCGCCCAGCCAGCAUGCUCCCCUGUUGACAGACAUCACUCCCCCGGCUCAGUCUCCCUUUCUCUCCGAUUCCUUCCAGCCAGAAGACCACCUACCCGACGCAAGACCUAAGAGUGGGAUGCGCAGUGCGUUUAUGAACAUGGCUAAUUCCAUCAUUGGGGCUGGCAUCAUUGGUCAGCCAUAUGCUUUUCGGCAAGCUGGCAUGACCAUGGGAAUAAUUCUACUGGUGACUCUGACAGUCACGGUAGACUGGACCAUCCGCCUGAUUGUCAUCAACAGCAAACUCUCGGGAGCAGACUCCUUUCAGGCCACCAUGCAGCAUUGCUUUGGGUCCAGCGGCUUGGUCGCCAUUUCAAUCGCACAGUGGGCGUUCGCAUUUGGCGGGAUGAUUGCAUUUUGUAUAAUUGUCGGAGAUACUAUUCCGCAUGUUAUCGAGGCUCUAAUCCCCGGGUUGAGAGAUGUCCCAUUUCUAUGGCUGCUGACCGAUCGACGUGCUGUCAUUGUUCUUUUCAUACUGGGUAUCAGCUGGCCACUGAGUCUGUACAGGGAUAUCGCAAAGCUCGCAAAGGCAUCUACGUUGGCAUUGAUCAGCAUGCUGAUCAUCAUUGUGACGGUCGUCACUCAGGGAGCUGUUGUCGACUCAGAACUGCGGGGGAAUCUGAGAGGCCUGCUCUUCGUCAACGACGGAUUCUUUCAGGCCGUCGGAGUGAUAUCAUUUGCUUUCGUCUGCCAUCAUAACUCCUUACUGAUCUACGGCUCUCUUAAGACGCCUACAUUAGACCGAUUUUCGACCGUGACCCAUUAUAGCACCUUCAUCUCCCUGAUUGCCUGCCUUGUCAUGGCCUUGGCAGGUUUCCUCACGUUCGGAGACAAGACCAAGGGCAACGUCCUGAACAAUUUCCCGUCACAGGGACAUGUGGUAGUCCAGAUCGCUCGCUUAUGUUUUGGGCUUAACAUGCUCACCACCCUUCCUCUUGAGUGCUUUGUCUGCAGAGAAGUCAUGAACAACUACUGGUUCCCUGACGAACCCUACCAGCCCAACCGACAUUUGAUCUUCAGCAGUGCUCUGGUGGUCAGCGCCAUGUCGAUCAGCUUGAUUACAUGCGACCUCGGGGCCGUUUUCGAACUGAUCGGAGCCACCAGUGCGUGUGCACUGGCAUACAUUUUACCUCCAUUGUGUUAUAUCAAGCUCAGUACUAGAAGCUGGAAGACAAUACCAGCAGUGGCAUGUAUUGUAUUUGGAUUUGCUGUUAUGACUGUGAGUUUGGUGCUGGCCAUGAAGAAGAUUAUCAAAAGUAAGUACUCACUCGGCACGUUCAAGUUUCAUAUUGCUGACUAG